CAUUUCAACUCAUUCCCCAAAAAAAUAACAAAAAAACAAUCCUCCCAUUUUCACAACCAACUCCGCUCCGUCAUAAACAAUGAAAGCUGCUGUUAAGGGAAAAUACGACAAUGACAAAAACGCGGCCGCCGCAGCCUCCGUCGCCUUCAACGCCGGUGACGUCAAACUCCGAGCAUCAAUAACCGACGCUACUUUCAUCAACGGCCCAAGCUUAACCGGUCUAGUCCUCGCCGUAGAAAAACCCGGUUCCUUCAGUAUCGACUACAACGUUCCCAAAAAGGAUUUUAGGUUUCAAUUUAUGAACACUGUUAGGGUUGCUGAUAAACCGUUGAAUUUAACCUACAUACACAGCAAAGGGGAUAACAGAACAAUUUUGGACGGAACAUUUGUGUGGGACCCGUCAAACAAGGUUUCAGCCAAUUAUGGUGUUGAAUCUGGGAAUUGUAGGUUGAAGUAUAGCUAUGUUCAUAAGGGUUUGACUACAAUUGAACCUAGUUAUGAUGUUGCCAAGAAUGCGUGGGAUUUUGCUGUUUCGAGGAAAGUUUAUGGCGAUGAUUCCUUGAAGGCGACGUAUCAGACCACGAGUAAGAAGCUAGGGUUUGAGUGGUCGAGGAAUUCGAAACAACGGGGUUGUUUUAAGGUUGUGGCGUCCGUUAACUUGGCCGAGGAAAAGAAAAUUCCCAAACUUAGUGCUGAGACCACAUGGAAUUUUGAGAUGUAGUUUUCAUAAGGUUUGCUAUCUAGUUUGGGAUGGCUUUUGUGGUCACCAUGAGGCAGGCAUAUUUUGCCAUUUCAUUAUUUGUAUACUUGAAAGUGAUUUGAUCAUGUAAUGAACUACUCUGUGGCGUUGAUCGUCCACAUUAAACUUUUCAUUUGAUUUUUGAACUAUUCUGAUAUUCCGCCCAUAUUGCAGAAUC